CGUGACCUCCUGCCCGCGGGCGUUCGACACUUCACGUGGCCUCAAGGCCGCGAGCUCCAAUCGGUGACGAGCGCGGGGGCGGUGACAACAAAAAUGGCCGCCGCCUCGCAGCGGUGACGGCCGCCGGGGGCUGGUGGGUGGGGCUGCGGUCGCCGUGGCGACCACAAACAAAAUGGCCGCGGCCGCCCCGCGAAGCGACGGUGGAGGCGGUGGAGGCGGUGGAGGAGGCGGUGGAGGCGGUGGAGGCGGUGGAGGCGGUGGAGGCGGUGGAGGCGGUGGCCAGAGAGGCCUUCAGAGGGCCCUGACGUCGGCCGACAUGCCCGUGAGGGGCACCGUCCUGGAGCUGUUGGGGCGGCCGCUACCGGCGGCAGCGGCAGCGGCGGCGGGGACAGGCCUCAAGCCUUCCUCCACCCCCUCGACGGAGACGAAUCCUCCGGGCAAAACCUCCUCCUCCUCCUCCCCCUCCUCCGCCUCCACCGCCUCCACCGCCUCCUCUGCCUCCACCGCCUCCGCUGCCUCCGCCGCCGCCGCGGCUCCCGGCGUGGGCGAGGAGCCGGAGACGCCGGCCCGGCCCGCCGCCUCGGCCGUGAGCCUCGGGCCCGACGAGCUCCACCCCGGGGGCCGCCGCCCACGACUCAAGUCCGUCGCGGGCCUGGCCGCCAUGUUCGAGGCUGCCGCUCCUCCACCACCCCGGCAGCAGCAAACGCAGCGACGGGGGAGGCCCCGGUCGAUGUUCGCGUCGCUGGACCUGCCGACGGUGACCGCGGCGACGGCCGCGGCGACGACCGCGGUGACCGUGGCGACGACCGCGGUGACCGUGGCGACGACCGCGGUGACCGUGGCGACGGCCGUGGAAGCGGAGGCCUUGCCGGGGAGCCGUCCGCCAGCGGGCCCCGCGGCGAGGGAGACGCAGCCGGUGGCGUCGCUGGCGGCCGGCAACGCCCGGCCGGCGGAGCCGCGGACGAAGAGGCCCGCGGGAGAGGCGGCCGCGGCCGGUGGAGGCGGAGGAGGUGGAGGAGGUGGAGGAGGUGGAGGAGGCGGUGGAGGUGGAGGCGUAGCGAUGACGGCGUUCUACCUGCAGGGGAGCAGCCCCGACGGGGAGCGUCCCGCGGGGCCGACGUGGGAGCAGGAGGCCGGGACGGAGGAGGCGGCGGAGGAGGAGGAGGAGGCGGAGGAGCGUGGCGAGGCCCGCCGGCGGAGGCUCCGCGAGGCGAGGGGCGGCCGGGCGGCCGAGCCGUCGAGCUCCCCGGCGGCGGGCGAGGCCUCCGGGAGGGCCCGGGGGUCUCCGUCGUCGUCGUCCUCGUCCUCGUCCUCGUCAAGGUCGUCGUCGUCAAGGUCGGGCGACGACCUGAAGCGGCGGAUCCGAGACUACAAACGCUCGGCGGCCGAUGAGACGCCGAAGGCCGAGGGCAGCGCGGGGAAGAAGAAGGAGGAGAAGAAGGAGGGGAAGGAGGAGAAGGAGGGGAAGGAGGAGAACAAGGAGGAGAAGAAGGAGGAGGAGAAGGAGGAGGAGAAGGAGGAGAAGAAGGAGGAGAAGAAGGAGCAGAAGAAGGAGGAGAAGAAGGAGGAGGAGAAGGAGGAGGAGGUCAGGAGCAGGAGGCGCCUGCCGCCCACGAUUCGCUGGAUCAAGCCGCCGGGUUCGGCGUCACCGACCGCGACGUCGCCGCUCCACUCGAGGAGUUUCUACGAGAGGGGGAGGGACGGUGGCGGUGGCGGUGGAGGUGGAGGUGGGAGGAGGAGGUCGCCGGACGGCGACGCCGGCGACAGGCCAGAGGCGAGGCGGCCGCUGGCCGAGCCGGUGGCGGCCAUCGCCGAGAUCCGGGGCCUCCUCCCGGAGGCCGCCGGCGACGCCGCCGCCGCCGCCGCCGGCUCGGAGCGGCGCCGUCGCUCGCGGCGAUCGGCGCCCUCCGAGCCGGCGCCGUCGGUCGCCCCGGAGGCCCGGAGGUCGUCGCCGGGGGCGGGCGGCGGCCUCCGGGCGGUCGGGCGAGCCGGUGGCGGCCGUCGUGGAGAUCCGGCCCGCUUCCCACGCUCGCCGGCCCGGCUCGCCGGUGCCGCCGCCGACCUCACCGCCGCCGACGUCGCCGUCCGCCGGAAGCUCGAGGGCCCCGGCGGCGACCGCGGAAGGGGGGCGGCCGCCGAGGUCCUGGCGAGUGACGCCGGCGACGUCCGUGGCGACGCCGCCACCGCCGUCGUCUCCCCCCGCGGCUCCGAGAGUCCGUGGGGGCGCCGCUCCGGACGACCGCUCCGGCGUCUCGCCGAUCCGGCCCCCGGCCUACGGCGGCGGCGGCGGCAAAUCGGCGGCGGACGAGAGGGGAGCGCCGGCGGACGCCGCCGGGCGGCGGAGGCCGCACGGCGGAGGCCGCCCCGAGGGGCCGGCGGCGUCCGUCUCGGGCCCCGGGCCCGGGGCCUCCGAAGCGGUGGCGGAAGUGGGGAGGCCGCGGAGGUCCUGAGGCCCACCCCGCGCAGGGACAAGCCGAGCUGGAUGAGCCCCUUGCCGGAUGAGCUGGGCCCGAGCCGGUGA